AUGGCCAUUGAAUUGGGACUUUCCCGUAUUACAAAACUACUAGAGCAUUUAGGCAAUCCGCAAAACUCACUUAGAGUGCUGCACAUUGCAGGGACAAAUGGUAAAGGUUCAGUAUGUACUUACCUAUCUUCUGUGUUGCAACAAAAGUCCUACCAAAUUGGAAAAUUUACCACUCCACACUUGGUGCAUGUUACUGAUUCCAUUACAAUCAACAAUAAGCCGAUUCCGUUAGAGAGAUACCAGAAUAUUAGAUUACAACUAGAAGCUUUAAACAAGUCACACUCUUUAAAAUGUACGGAAUUCGAGCUAUUAACAUGUACCGCAUUCAAAUAUUUUUAUGAUGUGCAGUGCCAAUGGUGUGUCAUAGAAGUAGGCCUUGGCGGAAGACUUGAUGCGACCAAUGUUAUUCCAGGCGCAAAUAAGGCAUGUUGUGGUAUUACUAAAAUCAGUUUGGAUCAUGAAAGCUUUUUAGGUAACACCUUGUCUGAAAUCUCUAAAGAGAAAGCAGGUAUAAUAACAGAAGGGGUACCCUUCACAGUGAUUGAUGGAACCAAUGAGGCAAGUGUUAUAAAUGUUGUGAAAGAAAGAUGCAAGGCUUUAGGGUCUGAACUAUCCGUUACAGAUUCUCAACUUAACGGAAAUAUGAUUGACACCAACUCCUGGGGUUGUUUUGACUUGGCAAAAUUGCCACUGAAUGGAGAAUAUCAGAUAUUUAAUCUCAGGGUGGCCAUGGGUAUGUUAGACUACUUACAAAUGAACGAACUUAUUGAUAUUACCAAGAAUGAAGUAAGUACGAGAUUGGCGAAGGUUGAUUGGCCAGGAAGGUUAUAUCGUAUGGAUUAUCGCUUUGACAAAGUAAGUAAUAGGACAGUGCCUAUAUUAAUGGACGGUGCCCACAAUGGCUCAGCUGCAGUAGAGUUAGUUAAGUACCUAAGAAAGGAGUACGGAAACCAGCCUUUGACCUUUGUGAUGGCAGUAACGCAUGGGAAAAACUUGGAGCCGCUGCUCCAGCCAUUAUUGAGGCCUAUAGAUCAAGUAAUUCUUACUCGGUUUAAUAAUGUGGAAGGUAUGCCCUGGAUUCAUGCCACUGAUCCUGAAGAAAUAAAAGAUUUUAUUUUGACUCAAGGAUACACAAAGGAGAUAGUGAUUGAAAAUGAUUUACAUCAGGUAUUGCCUUCUCUGGCGCAUGUAUCAGACGAGCAAAGACGGCCAAUUGUUGUAUGCGGUUCACUGUAUUUAUGUGGUGAAUUAUUACGGAUUCACAAUAGUCACUUGAGAAACUAA